AUGGCGACUCAAGCGACAACUGCAGUAGUGAUUCAUGAGUUAGGAAACCUUGACUCAAUAUCGGUUGAACAAGUUCUUCUGCCAAGCUUAGAAGAGAAUCAGGUUUUAAUUCAAAUAGAGUGCGCCCCGAUCAAUCCUAUUGACUUAAUGCUGGCUACAGGGCAUCAUGGGAUUCCUCCGCCUCCAAAAAUUCUCGGAUUUGAAGGAAGUGGCACUGUUAUUAGAAGUGGAAGUCAUCCAUAUGCGCAAUCUCUUGUUGGAAAGAGAGUUGCUGCAUUAUCUCCACUGCAAGGAGGCUUUGGAGCACUUUCUGAGUAUUUGGUUACUUCUGCGUUUACAGUGGUUGUUUUAAGAGAUUCUGUUACCUUUGAGCAAGGAGCUAGCUUACUUAUAAAUCCUCUCACCGUUGCUAUAAUGAUUGAGAGGUUGAAAGAAGGAAGACAAACUUCAGCUGUAUUUAAUGCUGCAGCUUCUUCGCUAGCGAAAAUGGCGAUCCGAUGGUGUCAGUCUCUGAAUAUCUCUCCUAUUUGCUUAGUGAAAAGGCAAGAGCAAGUUGAUUUGCUGGCUUCUCUUGGUGUACAGCAUGUUUUUAACACUUCAAAAGAUGGCUGGAAAGACGAAGCGAAAGCAGUGACAAGUCAAUUAGGUACGAAAAUUGGAUUUGAUUGCAUUUCAGGGACUGAGACUCAGGACAUGAUAAAUUUAUUAUUAGAUGGAGGAACUGUCCAUGUGUAUGGAUCGCUUUCAGGGCAAGAACCUCAGAUAAGUUCUUUUUCGCUUAUUUCAGGCGAUAAAUCGAUUCGAGGUCUCACAUGGGGAACAUGGUUUUUCAGACUGCCUGCUGAUAAAAAAUCGGAAGUUGAAAAUGAAGUGCAAGACUUGAUCGGCAGCAUCCUAAAAACUGACUUUCAUGCAGAAAUCACUUUAGAUGGAGUUAAAGAUGCCAUAAAGCAGUAUUCUACAAAGAAAACUGACUCAAAGUUCUUGGUAAGAGUAAGAAAGACUCAGUAA